AUGGAUACGUUCCACAUCACGGAGGGCAUGGUGCCUGAAGAUGGACACGACGCCGAAAAGGACAACGCCGCAAAGCUACCCGAGGGUGCGAACAAGUUCCAACGUGCGAUCGCGGCUUGGAGAGGGAUCGACCUAACCAACACCGUCGCGAAAUUGGACAGUACCGCCUCGGACAUUGUCUCCCAGCAGCGUGAUGCGCUUGUACAAAGGAAGGAUCUGGCUCAGAAGACCAAGGAUUUCAGAAAGCUAGAGGAUGCGGCUAAGUUAUCGGAAUACAAGGGACUUUUGAAAGCAUACCAAGGAUUCAUCGAUACUUUAACGAAUCAGGGCAAAGCCUCGUCGUCCGCCUUCCUACAACUUUAUUCCUCCCUAUCCGAGGCCCCCGACCCCUAUCCUCUUCUCGAAACGUCCGUGGAUUCCCUCGUUCACUCCGAAGAAACCGUUCCUCGAUUGACCUCCGAGCGGGACCAACUACAAGGCUCCGUCGACCGACUUACCUCCCAGCUAGAGGACACCGAGCGGCGACUAGAAGAAGAAAGGUCUGCAAGGAAGAAGCUGGAAGAUAAUCAAGAAACAAAAAUCAAAGAAAUCGAGACGUCCUGGUCCGCCGUGCUGUCGGAGAAAUCCAACAAUUGGACCGCAAAGGAGAAGAGCUUGGAGGAGAAGGUCGAGAACCAAGAACGAUUGCUCAAGGAACUCAAGGCGAGCUACGAGGUAUCGCAGCGCUUGGGUCAGGACGAUGACAGCGGCAACGCUUCGCAACAAGGCGCUACUGCGGCGGAAUUGGAACUGGUAUCCGCCGAUCUGGAGAAGGCCAGCCUCAGGCUAGCGGAGGUUGAGGCUCGCAACGAGCAGUUGAGGCUUGAGCUGGCUCAAGCUGUAUCACACUCUCAACCCGAGCAGACCACUUCCGUCGAAGACGAUCCCGCCUAUCUCCGCCUGCAAUCGGAGAACUCGUCGUUGUUGCGCAAAUUGGAUGCUGCGCGAUUCGACAAAGAUUCCCAGCGACACUCGUGGGAGUCCAAGAUUUCUCAAUCCGAGAGGCAAUACACCAAAGCGGUCGCUGAGCGGGACGAGUUACGGACGAAGUUGGAGAAGGUGGCUGAUUAUGAAGAUAUUCGUCGAGAGCUGGAAAUGAUCAAAUCUAUCGAAUUCGCAGCGGGCGAUGAUGACGACGCAGCGGAUGUCACGGAUGCUGCAGGAAGCCCUAACGGAGGGACCAAGUCGAAGGAGGACUCCAAAAACAACACCCUGGAACAGCUCCUGUUAGCCAGAAAUAAGAAGCUCACGGAUGAGCUGACUCUACUGCGGGUAUCCCAUCGCGACCUUCAAGGACAGCUCGAAACUCUUCGCGAUGAUCUGUCGAUAACCAAGCAAGAAUUGGAGAAGUCGCAAAAGCUCUCUACCACCCUUGAGAAUGACCUUCUUCACGUCCAGCAGGAGGCUGCAAACACCUUCCCCUCGGCUGCCAUGUCAGUUGCAGGCACUUACACGUCGAAGUAUCACACAUCUCGGCGGGGUGCGACAUCACCGACAUCGUCCAUCAUUUCAGGAUUCGACCAGGCAGCCAACUCGGCCAAUACCAUGGAUUCCAUCCGCACAGGCGAGCCUGUCGGUGGGGGAUCUGGUAUCUUGCCUAUGAUUCAGGCCCAGCGGGAUCGCUUCAAGAAGAAAAACACCGAAUUGGAGGAAGAGCUGUCGAAGAUGUACGACUCCGUCAAGUCCCUAAGACAGGAGGUCUCUUCCCUUCAAAAGGACAAUCUCAGUCUCUAUGAGAAAACUCGUUAUGUAUCAACAUACAAUCGCGGCCCGGGAGCCUCCACAUCUGCGUCUUCUUACGGCAGCAGGCCUAGCGCAUCCUCCGUGCACCUCUCCGCAGAUAUGCCGUCCGGACUAUCGCUCGACCGCUACCAGUCCGCCUACGAGGCCCAAAUCUCGCCAUUUGCCGCGUUCCGAGGUCGUGAAUCCGCACGCGCCUACAAACGGAUGAACUUCCCUGAGCGGAUAGUCUUCUCCCUCACAAGAAUCAUCCUGGCCAAUCGCACCAGUCGCAAUUUGUUUGCGGGGUACUGCUUUGCCAUCCACAUUCUCCUCUUCAGCAUGCUCUACGUCAUGAGCAGCAUGGACAUUGAAAAGCACAGUGCAAACCUCGCGACUGCCGCCGCCGUCGGCGGAGUCGGAGCCGGAGGUGGCAGCGGUUAUCCCGGGGGGCAAGCCGUCAACGGAGAUGAUUGGCAGCAAGAAGGUUUCAACCAUGCAGGAUAA